AUGGAGUUCACUACCACCGGCAUGUUGAACGAAGACGGCAUCCACGUCGACAUGGAGAGAUUAAAGAAGGGCGAGGUCAAUAUGGCGGUCACUUUCAAGGAUGGUGUCAUUCUUGGUGCCGAUUCCCGGACAACGACGGGCGCCUACAUUGCCAACCGCGUCACCGACAAGCUCACACAAGUUCACGACACCAUCUGGUGCUGCCGGUCAGGCUCCGCCGCCGAUACCCAGGCCGUCGCCGACAUCGUCCAGUACCAGCUGGGUUUGUACGCCAUGCGCAACGGCAAGCCUCCUAUGACGCAAACCGCCGCCGCCAUCUUCCAAGAGGUCUGCUACGCCAACAAGGACCGUCUGACCGCCGGCCUCAUCAUCGCCGGCUGGGACGAGCGCCACGGCGGCCAGGUCUACUCGAUCCCCCUCGGCGGCUCCCUACACAAGCAGUCCUACGCCAUCGGCGGCUCGGGCUCGACCUACAUCUACGGAUACUGUGACGAGCACUGGAAGGAGGGCAUGGAGGAGAAGGAGGCUGUCGAGUUCGUCAAGGGAUCGCUCAAGGAGGCUAUCAAGUGGGACGGCAGCUCUGGCGGCGUCAUCCGCAUGGUCGUCCUUACCGCCAAAGGCGCCCAGAGGCAUUUGUACCUCCCCGACGAGGACUACACGGUGAAGCACUGA